CCAAAUUGCAUUCAACAAAUUAAAAAGCUCACACAUUUCAAAGUGCACCCAACACAACUUGCUCAUUAGAGUGCUGUCCCUAUCCCUAAUAACCCAUAAAUAAAACCCAUUCUUUAUUCUCUCCAACAACUUACCAAAGAAUCAGUUCUUCCUCACCUCGUCAAAUAAUUCUUUUAUUUCUGUGUGCUUAGUUUCAGAAUUUUUAAUUGUAUUUCUUAGAUCAAAAUGGCUCUCAGUAAGGCGAUGAUCACAUGCAGCAGCCUCACAAGAAACAGCAAGCAGUUGAUGGCGGGAUCAUCAAGAUCCAUGUCCUCAUGGUGGCGCAGCGUUGAGCCAGCUCCUAAAGAUCCUAUUCUCGGUGUUACCGAGGCUUUUCUUGCUGACCCGUCUCCUGAUAAAGUCAACGUCGGAGUUGGUGCUUACAGAGAUGACAAUGGAAAGCCGGUUGUUUUGGAGUGUGUUAGAGAAGCUGAGAGACGUAUUGCUGGAAACGCAAACAUGGAAUAUCUUCCUAUGGGAGGGAGUGUCAAGAUGGUGGAGCACACACUGAAAUUGGCUUAUGGAGAGAAUUCUGAGUUCAUUAAGGACAAAAGAAUAGCAGCAGUGCAAUCCCUCUCUGGGACCGGAGCAUGCCGACUUUUUGCAGAUUUUCAAAAGCGUUUUUGUCCUGAAUCCCAAAUUUACAUACCAGUCCCAACAUGGUCUAAUCACCAUAAUAUUUGGAGAGAUGCUCAGGUUCCUCAGCAGACCUAUCAUUACUACCACCCAGAGUCCAGGGGCUUAGACUUCGUUGCACUGAUGGACGAUGUUAAGAAUGCUCCAAACGGCUCAUUCUUUCUACUUCAUGCUUGUGCUCAUAAUCCUACCGGGGUUGAUCCAACUGAGGAACAAUGGAGAGAGAUUUCACAACUAUUCAAGGUGAAAAAUCAUUUUGCCUUAUUUGACAUGGCAUAUCAAGGUUUUGCCAGUGGUGAUCCAGAGAGAGAUGCAAAGUCCAUCAGAAUUUUCCUCGAGGAUGGUCAUCAUAUUGGAAUUGCUCAAUCAUAUGCAAAAAAUAUGGGGCUCUAUGGCCAGAGAGUAGGAUGCCUCAGUGUGCUCUGUGAAGAUGAGAAACAAGCAGUUUGUGUGAAAAGUCAGCUGCAGCAACUUGCAAGGCCAAUGUACAGCAAUCCACCUGUUCAUGGUGCACUCGUAGUUUCAACUAUUCUUGAAAAUCCAGACUUGAAGCAAUUAUGGCUCAAGGAAGUAAAGGUAAUGGCUGAUCGGAUCAUUUCCAUGCGGACUGCUUUGCAAGAAAACCUAGAAAAGUUGGGUUCACCUUUAUCAUGGAAACACAUUACUGAUCAGAUUGGCAUGUUUUGCUACAGUGGCAUGACACCGGAACAAGUUGAUCGUUUGACAAAAGAAUUUCAUAUAUAUAUGACCCGCAAUGGCCGAAUCAGCAUGGCUGGCGUUACAACAGGCAAUGUCGGAUAUUUGGCGAAUGCUAUUCAUGAAGUCACAAAAUCCGGUUAGGCUCAUUUAUACAAAAAAAAAAAAAACUCAAAAGCAUACAGGAGGUCACAAGUGCAUACUGCAUAGUGAGACAUCAAAUAAUUUAUUUUUUUCCGUCUUCCCACUUCGAUUAGUCGGGAAGAGGCAAUAAAUGGUAUCCGCCGUGCUCAAUUUUUUAUUUCCAUGUUGUUGCAGACAAGUAUUGAGGAAAGUGUAGUUUUAGACAUUAAUUAGGCAAUAUGCAGGGCGUUGCUGGUUAUGACUCAAUGUCAUUAUAAAUUUUCUAUAACAUUAUUAUUGUCUACAAUUUGAAGUUCAUUUGUGUUCAAAUUUUUAAUUUGAUCACUUGUUUCAA